CCUGAUUGGACCGUUGCUUUCUCGGAUAAACAGGUUUCGCCAUAUUGUCCCUUUCGGGGGGAGAGAACGCUGCUUUUAAUUUCUGCAAAAAUGCCAAAAUAGUUGGUGUCAGCUCAGUUAAAAACAUCCACUCGGUGGCGUUGACGGCGAGGUUCUUUGUAACAUGGCUCGGCGGUCAUUUUUAGACACUAAACACGAUCACUUAACUAAUGUGGCUAACUGCUAGGCUAAAUCUUUUAGCGCAUAUUUUUUAGCCGGGUGUUGUGAAGUGACUGAGCGGCGCUGUGCUGACACACGUCCACCACGCUUCUCUGCGUGUUUAUAUUUCUAGAAAUACAAUUUUUUCAGGUUUCAUUUAUUUCAUAAUGGCACACACUGGGGUAUUGGAAGACACGUCCAUGGAGGACUGCGCUGCCAAGCAGGGGUCUGGUAGCGUAUGCAUGCGGAGUCGACCGGGCUACAGCGAGAGAGACGCGCAGGUACGGGCUGUCAAAGCCACGCUUCAGUCCAGGUUGGGGCCCUACGAGCCCGUCCUGACCUACCUCCAGUCCGUCCUGGUGUGGGAGAGACCUUUGCAGUGUGUGCUUCUCUACGCUGUGGUCAACAUUGUGUUCUGGUUCUUUGCUUUGACCUCACUGCGCCUGCUUUUCCUUCUGGCUUCUGGUCUGACUGUGAUCAUCUGUGUUGACACCUGGAGAAACAAGAUUUGGCCAGAACUUAGAGUCCGAAAACUGGAUGAAUCAGAAAAUGAAAGCUGGGGUUUGGUGCAACCUGGCAUCCUCAGUGUGCCUGAACUUUGCCACCAUAUUGCUGAGGCCUGGGUCAGUGGAGCAGUUCUUGCAUCCAGUGUGAUUCAGUACAAACAACACAACCCUGGCAUGUUUUGUGUCUUAACCUGCGGGGUGUUCUCCUGUUUGGCUGUUGUUGGGCGCUACAUUCCUGGCUUGGUGCUCUCCUACUCUGCUGUGUUGGCUACUCUCCUGGCCCCCCUGGCAGCCUAUCACAGGGUGUUUCAGCAUGUGUGUGUGAAGCUGGAGCCAGUCCUGCAGCGACUGGACUUCAGUGUUCGUGGAUACAUGAUGUCAAAGCCUUUUGAUAACCAGUUUCUGCGAAGGCCCAUCCAUGGUGCAGCCUCUGGUGAAGCCAGUGACAGUGAAGAGGAGCUGGCUGCUUUCUGCCCAACUUUUGAUGAUGCUGUUGUUGCAAAGGAACUUGCACUGACAGACUCUGAGCACUCUGACGCUGAAGUGUCCUGCACUGACAAUGGGACAUUUAAUCUGUCUCGUGGCCAAACUCCACUCACCGAGGGUUCUGAGGAUCUUGACAGGCACAGUGAUGUGGAGGAGUCUUUUGCUCAAGACCUCCCAGAUUUCCCCUCCAUAAACCCCGAUGCCACUCUCAUGGAUGAUGAUGACGACACUAGCAUUGGGCUGCCAAGUCUGUGCCUGUCUAGCCUUGCCAGUCACCGGGCCUCAGUGCUGGAUGUGGAUGCUCAUCUUGACUCCGACCAGGAGGAUCUGGAUGCAGAACUGUCCCUCAGCGGUCUGCCACCUGCCUCCAAUUUCACUGGAGACGUCGCUGGAUUCCUCACCAGCAGAAUAUUCCAGGCGGCGUUGGAAGGGGCGUUGCAACCUAGGCCUCCUCCUGCCGCUCAGCGCAGAGAAGGACCUCCCACAUCCAGAGCCCACCGAAGCUACCGCAAGCAGUCCAGCUCCGAGCUGGACACAGACUUGGACGGAGAGGACUUUGAAAUGCUGGAUCAGUCUGAACUGAACCAAAUGGAUCCCCUUGGAGGAGGAGGAGGGGGCACUAGACGAGGAGAGAGCCAGGGUUCUAACUUUCUAUCUAGUCUGCUGGGUAAACCACAGUAAUAUGUGUGCGUGUGUGUUUGUCCGUGUGUGUGCAUGUUGACGACUCGUGAAUGUGUGAUAGGCGAUUUUAGGUCCCAGCAGCCCUGCUUCUUUCUGAUUGCAUCAGUUUAUCACUGUGAAGUAUUUUAUUUUAUUUUUCUCUCUAUCUUUUCAAACUAACAAACUCCCCUACUUUUAAUCCCUGAUCAUUAUGAAGACUUUUACUUUGUAGGCUGAGCAAUAGCAAAUGCAGCAACAUAAAUAAUAAACCACUUUAAGACAUUAAAGAAACCAGCAUUAUUAUUUUUAUUUCUUAUAAUAAUAAUUAUUAUUAUUAUUAUUAUUAUUAACAACAACAACAUUGUCCUGUAACUGAACACACCCAUACCCUUGAAAUGAAGAACAGCAUUGGCCAUCGAAUAUUUUCUACUAGGAGAUCUCAAAAAUCAGGGCUAUUUAACACGGGACCAAAUGUGACUGACCUGUUAGUUGAUCUGAGCCUCGUUGCUUUGAUAAUGCUGGUUUAGAAACGGCUUAUCCAUCCAUUGUUUGAUGUUUCGUAAUUGUGUGUGGAAUAGACGGAUAAAUCAGCCCUCAUAUUUUUCCAUCACAUUCUGCCCAAUAAACCGUGUAGAUGUUAGUUCUCUGCUGUUUUUUCAAGGCACACAUUGUCACAUUCUGAAUAGGUGAUUUUUUUUUUUAUCUUGCAGGUAUACAUGGAAGAAUUUACACAUUUUAUUAAUAAAAGUUCAGUUUUAGUUACUUUUCCAUGUUAGUUUCUUUACUUUUUUCUGCUAGAACAUGAAGACAUAUUCAUAAUAUUUGAAGCUUACUUUAUUUUCUUAAAUGUCUUAAGUUUUCUGUCCCAGUGGAGUAUUUGAAGUUAUACUUGUGUCCCAGGGUGAGAUAUACAGCAUACAGUAUGUGUUCAUUGAUAUAAGUUCACACUAUAUCUUAUUUUCCUGUUCUUUAAUACAAGCCUGUGACAUAAUGUGUGAAUGAGCUUUCUGCUCCGUGUGUCCUUUUUCUGAAGUGAUAUUUUUACACAUUUCUCUUUUAUCAUGUUUAAAUUUCAUGUAGUUGACUCAUGCUGAACAUUUUGAGACAAGCGAAGUCCUUGAAUCCAUGGCUCUUUCACUAUUUUAAUGGGGAAAUCAUUGUUUACAUAAACAUUUGCUAUAGAAUGAUGUCAUCAUAUCUUUUUUGUAUUAGUUAAGGUUGUGUGUGCUGGCCAAUCUGAUUUCCAGUCAGUUAACACACCAUGUCAGUAUGCCAUCAUUUUACAGUGGAAAAGGCACUUAAAUACUGUAAGCGAUGGUUGAAAUCAGAGAUUUAUUGAAAUCAAAUAUGAAAGAAAAAAAAUGCUGGCUUUCGAUAGAGCUGUUUUAUUUUCAGACAAAAGCUGUAGCUGUGAGAGAUUUAUGACAAAAUAAAUAAUCCUGCUGGAUUCAAACUCACAGAGGUUAUUAUUAGAAAAAUUGCACACUGACGGGGGAAUUGCUGGGUAUUUUUGAUGCUAAGGAAGAGGUCAAUAUCAAGUCUAUCAAGAGAGUUGCUCAUUGCUGCUUUAUGAAGAGUCAUUUCCUCUAAAUGAGUUGUCUGUGGUCAGUUUGAUGGCGAUUAAAUGUGCAUAGUUGUGUAUUUUUUCCUCACCGUAUUUGGUUUUGAUAUGUUUUGAUGUGCAAAUCAAAAUUGAAUAAAAAUGUUUGCAGUUA